AUGCUGCUCGCAGUGCUUUUAGCUCCCAUUCUUGCCUUCAGUGGGCUUGCACAGAGUGCUAAGUUGCCUGUUGUCGACCUUGGGUAUGCCCUCCACCAAGCAAUAACAUACAACGACAGUUUGGACUUUUACAACUUCUCCAACAUCCGAUAUGCUCGGCCUCCAACUGGCAGUCUUCGCUUCACCGCUCCCCAGCCUCCUUUGACGAACAGAGCUGUUCAGAACGGCAGCUCUGGAGGUACCUGUCCUCAAUCAUACCCUGUUUGGUAUCUCUGUGGCCUUGCUCUGCUCAGCGGUUCCAUCAACUCCACCGAUGCUUGCGAUGCAAGCCUGAUCCCUAAACCCGAACCCACGGAACAAGAGGAUUGCCUAUUCCUGGAUGUCAUAGUCCCGAAACAGAUCUUCGCAAACGCCAGCACGAAACAUGCUACAGGUGCGCCGGUGAUGGUCUGGGUGUAUGGAGGCGGAUUCACUUUUAGCAAGAAAUAUCAGGAUGGAAAUCCUGCUGGACUCAUCCAGAGAAGUCGGGAAGAAGACCCUAGCGGCAAGGGCGUCAUCUAUGUCACAUUCAACUAUAGGGGCGGUGCCUUUGGUUUUCUGUCAGGUCCCAACGUCCAGUCCAAUGGCACGGCUAACGCUGGCCUGCUUGAUCAGCGUAUGGCGCUCCAGUGGGUGCAGCAAUACAUCCAUCUUUUUGGAGGCGAUCCGAAGCAAAUCACCGUUUUCGGGCAGUCCGCUGGAGCAGGAUCCAUCAUGCAUCAGAUUACAGCAUACGCGGGCUCGAAGGGACCGGCACCAUUUCAGAGGGCAAUCCUGCAAUCCCCUGGUUUUGAACCAUUCCCCAGCCACUGGGAGCAGGACAAUCUUCUGCAAAAGUAUCUGGGACUCCUCAAUGUGUCGACGAUCCAAGAAGCUCGCGAGCUCCCCUUUGCCGCUCUCUCUGCCGCCAACGUGGAACUCGUCGCCUCCUCACCAUACGGAACGUUUACAUUUGCGCCGGCGGUCGACGGUGAUUUUGUGCCUAGCUUGCCAGGCAAUUUGCUCGCACAGGGGAACUACGACACAUCGGUCCAGAUAAUGACGGGAUUCAACGCGCACGAGACGCUGUACUUCACCGACCCGGACAGCACCAACAACUCGGUCUUCCUGUCCAGCAUCACCGGCACGUUCCCGGGCAUCCAGCCCUCGGUCGCAGACUACGUGGCCCAGACGCUCUACCCGCCCAUCUUCAACGGGAGUUAUCCGUACAGCUCGUUCUACGAGCGUGCCGAGCUCACGCUGCAGGACAGCGCAUUCACAUGCAACACGUUCUUCCUCCAGACGGCAAACCGCGAAGCCAAAUCGAUACCGGCAGGCUACGGGUACCGCUUCAGUGUCCCGCCAGCCUACCACGGCCAAGACGUCGCUUACACAUACUACAACCCCUCGACGGCCAGUCCGAGCGUGAACGCCACUAUCGCACUCCUCAUGCAGCAGGUCUUGACCCGGUUCGCACUCACCGGUAAUCCGAACCGUAAGAGCGACGCAGCGGCGACCACAAUGCCAGUUUACCAUACGUCGGUAGCGACACAGGGUAAAAUCAUGGACCUGAACGUGACGGGGAUAGAUGUGAUCGCGGAUCCCAACGACAACGACCGCUGCCGCUGGUGGCAGAAAUCGCUGUACUACUGA